AUGAAAAUUGUUUUAAAAACAAGUAAUUCGAUUGAUAAAAAUGACACUAAAACUGAUGUAAAGAAGGUUUCAAACGAUGCUGAUUCCACUCGGAGGAAAAGUGCAGACCUAUCUCACGUAUUUGGCGCCAAGAAUGACAACGAUGCGUUUUACGAUAAGAUUGACGGCAAGCACCUGCUUUCUAAGGCCAAACUCUCAUCUUCGGACCACUCCUCAGACCCUCUGAGGAGCAUAAAGCUCUACUCCAAGUCUCUCGACUCUGUGUCCGAUAUAAAGCCUGAUUCUGACCUUGACCCUCAGCUCUACCUCUACGACGAGUUUGUCGAGGACAAGGACGAGGAUGCCAAGAAACUCACGUACCUCGGCUUCGUCGAGGAGUCUAACCGGGACUCCGCUUCUGACGCCGCCGUCGAAACCAAGGAAUCUCUCUACUUGGACAAGAUGGUCAGCACUGCCAAGAAGCGGCAAAUGGAGCGCGACAUUGCUUUCGAGAAGCAGCUCCUCAGGGAGGAGCUCAAGGCUGUCUCUGAGGUCGGCGAGGUCUUCGUUACUGGCGCCUACAAGAAGAAGCUUGAGGAGCGGCGGCGUUUUGAGGAGGAGCAGCGUAAUCAGGACGAGUACGACGCUCUCCACAGCAAGAACAGUCUCACUAAGCUGCACUCCUAUCUUCUCAACUCUGGCCUGGCCAAGCGUUCCACCAAGGGUUCCAAAUAG